AUGAUGGCAUCCGUGAUGCAGCAGUUUGCGGACUUUGAUCCGCUCCUCAAGCUGGACGUUAUCACACGCGUCUUUCAAGUGGGCUUUGGUGCGGCAAUCUUGAAGAUGGGAAGCUCGCUGCAAGUUGGCGACCAGAUGCUGGUCACAUACAUGGAAAACGUUGGGCCCAGUCAUCUCUUGGCCCACGGCAUUGCCAUGUUCCUCGCCGUCUAUUCCCUUGCGAGCCGGCUCGUAUUCCACCUCCAGCCGAAGCCAGCGGACACAAUGCUGAAGGAUGCCAUUGCAUGCUUCCUUGUUCUCAUCCUGACAACCGCCUUCUCAGCGUCGUGGGCCGAUGCUGUUGAGAGGAUGGAGGUGGAUCCAAACCGCCGAAUUGACACCUUCAUC